UGCAUGAAUAAUUUCUCUAUUCAUAAGGAGUUAGUGAUCUCCAUCUUCACUUCCUCCGCCACAAACCACGUAACUCACCCCCCCUCUCUCUCUCUCUCUCUAGAAAUGAUCUUCCGAAUCCUCAGUUCCCUCCCCGAAUCCCUCUCCUCCCCGAUCUACCUCCUCAUGUUCUACGCCGUCGCUUGGACGGCCGUCCUCACGGCCACGGUCGCGGUGGCCUCCUUCACGCCGGAGUGGGCCUUCGUCUCCGCCAUCAGCCCGCUCUCUCCGCCGUGCCUCGGCGAUGGCCUCGUCAGGCUGCCGCUCGACAUCCCGCCGGAGGACUUCUGCCUCGCCUCGCGCCUCUUCAGGCGCUCCGAAAUCGACAUGCUCGUGCCGCCGCUCUUCGCCGCCGUCAUCGUCGCCGGAUCCGCCUUCGCCGUCAGAGCACUCGGAUUGUGGGAGGGCGACGACGAUGAGGUGGCGCCGCUGUGAGAAUACGGCUUUUCCAGCUGUCUUAAGUAAGCUGCAGCUGAAAUCCCAGAGUCUCUUUGCCAAAGCCUCAUCUCUGGCCAGGCUGCUUGACUUGAACUCGUUGCAGUCGACAUAGUAGUUCCCUGACACUCCCUUAAGGCCGG